UAGGGCCGCCUGGUUACCCGGCCUGUGGCAGGGAGGACGGCCUGCUGGCCGAGAAUACACCUCCCCUCACCCCUCCCCGGGAACAGACGUCCACCUGAGCGCGGUGACGUGUCCUUCACACUACGGUGGCGGCUGUCAGCUGUGGGGGAAACGGGGAAGUAACCGGUAGAGAAGAUGGGGGACGCUUCAGUGGAAGAAAUCCGGUAGCAAAGCAGCAAUUAUGGGGUGAAUGUGGUUCCCGUUCUGCUGAUCUUAACCUAAGUCCAAAAUGGGAAGGCUUAGCAUAUCCUGCCUCGUUCCUGCUUCCUGGCACUUUAGCAUAUCCCCUGGUGGGUGCCCUCGUGCCCUAAAUACCACUCUGCGGCAGCUGGUGAUUAUCGGUACUGUGGUGGGCAUUCUCUUAUUUCUGAUCUACUCUCUGCUGCUGGUCAGGACGAAGUACAGUCGUUCUCAGCGAGACCGAAAAUAUCACAGGUAUCUGGCUCGUGUUACUGAUAUGGAAGCCACCGACACAGGCAAUCCCAAUAUUAACUAUGGAGUGGUGGUGGACUGUGGAAGCAGCGGGUCACGGAUAUUUGUAUACUGCUGGCCCCGACACAAUGGCAAUCCCCAUGACCUGCUGGAUAUAAAGCAAAUGAGAGACCAGAACAGAAAGACUGUGGUGAUGAAGAUCAAACCAGGUAUUUCAGAGCUUGCCACCACCCCAGAGAAAGCCAGCGACUACAUCUCUCCUCUGCUGAACUUCGCCGCUAGCCAUAUUCCCAGGGAAAAGCACAAAGAGACCCCCCUAUAUAUUCUGUGCACAGCAGGGCUCCGAAUCCUGACUGAGAGCCAGCAGGAGGCCAUACUUGAAGAUCUCCGGACAGAUAUCCCAGUACACCAUGACUUUCUUUUCUCAGACUCCCAUGCAGAAGUCAUCUCUGGAAAACAGGAAGGAGUGUACGCCUGGAUUGGCAUCAAUUUUGUUCUCGGUCGCUUUGAUCACAUAGAAGAUGAAGAUGAAGCAGUGGUGGAGGUGAAUGUACCCGGAAGUGAUAAAAAGGAUGCCAUACUACGCAAGCGCACAGCUGGCAUUUUGGACAUGGGUGGAGUCUCCACUCAGAUCGCAUAUGAAGUACCUAAAAGUGUAAGCUUUGCCUCCUCUCAGCAGGAAGAAAUGGCUAAGAACCUGCUGGCAGAGUUCAACCUUGGCUGUGAUGCCCACGAGACACAGCACGUGUACAGAGUUUACGUGGCCACUUUCCUAGGAUUUGGGGGCAAUGCUGCAAGACAGAGGUAUGAGGAAUACGUCAUCUCCAGCACAAUGGAAAAGAACAGACUUCUAGGAAAGAAGGUUGGGAUGACUCAAGAUGUGCCGUACCUUGACCCGUGCCUUCCUUUGGACAUCCCAGAUACAGUUAAGCAGGGAGGACAGACCAUGUUUUUACGUGGCACCGGUGACUUCCAUCUCUGCCGACGGAUCAUCCAGCCUCUAAUGAAUUUGUCCAACGAGACCCAGACAACCUUAAAUGGCAUUUACCAGCCACCGCUGCCCUAUCACAACAGUGAGUUCUAUGGCUUCUCAGAGUUCUACUACUGCACAGAAGAUGUACUGCGGAUGGGUGGUGACUACAACUCCGCUCGUUUCCUACGUGCAGCAAAGGAUUACUGUGCCACCAAAUGGUCAGUUCUAAGGGAGAGGUUUGAUCGUGGCCUAUACGCAUCACAUGCCGACUUGCACAGACUUAAGUACCAGUGCUUUAAAUCUGCCUGGAUGUAUGAGGUUUUCCAUACAGGCUUCUCGUUCCCUUCCAACUACAGCAACCUUAAAACUGUCCUUCAAGUGUAUGAUAAGGAGGUUCAAUGGACGCUUGGAGCAAUAUUAUACCGGACUAGGUUCUUGCCAUUGAGAGACAUCCAGCAGGAGCAGUUCCGUGGCAGCCACCCUCACUGGCGAGGAGCAUCCUUUGUGUACAACCAUUAUCUGUUUUUGGUCUGUUUCCUCGUGGUCCUACUCUCCAUCAUGUUAUACCUGCUGAGGCUCCGCCGCAUCCACCGCCGCAUGCAGAGGAACACGUCAUCUUCUGCUCUGUGGGUGGAACAAGGGUUACCGCCAUCUGGGCUUCCCAGCCCUUUGUAAAGUACUAGUAGCAAUAUCUUGCACAUCUUCUUAAGCCUGCUGGAUGGAAAGGCUUAAACUGCCUGUCACUGCUACAAGGACCGAUGUGAACUGUCCAUUGGAUCCUUUUGAUGUUGAGGGAUUGGAUAUCGGAACAAGUCUGGUGUUAUGGGGGUAAACAUGGCUCCGAUUGUGAAGGAAGGCAACUAAUAAAAAGCCAUGUUCUAAGUCUCAGGGUCUUAUAUCUUGUCAGUAAUAUUGGGGUGAGACUUGUGUUCCCCAUUACUUGUAUGGAGCCUGUGAAUAAGGACUCCUUGAACCCCCCCACCACCACCAAGGAAACACAGCCUGCCCCAAAAAUACCUACCUUUCAUUUCUCCCAGCAUCAAGAUACAAUAGUCCUUAUUUCAAAAAUAAU